AUGAUAUUCACAAGUUGCUGGGUGAUCUACAUGCUAAGAGUAAACAUAAGUCUGAAUCUAAUAGCAAUGGUUCCUGAGCCAGCACAAACGUCCGCAUCAAAAAGAUCGCAGUGUGCUUCUUUAAGGGCUGCAAAUGAAACAUUUAACGCUAAUAUGACAAUGGAGGACGCUAAAAAUUUACGAACACAGAGCAAAGAAACCUUCAAUUGGACGAUGGACCAGCAAGGCACCAUUAUUGGGUCUUAUUUCUGGUGCUAUCCCUUUACAUCUCUCGUGGGUGGAAUGGCAGCGGAACGAUGGGGUCCAAGAUAUGUGGUUCUUGUGACUGUGUUGGUCAGUGGGGUCCUGACUGCGUUGAGUCCAGCCGCUGCUAGAAUGAGUUACACCGCUUUGGUUGUCAUUCGUUUCUUCCUUGGUAGUGCUGGGGGUUUCACAUAUCCUGCUCUCCACGCUUUAGUGGCACAAUGGGCGCCCCCCCGCGGAAAAGGGGAAGUUUGUGAGUGCGAUGAUGGGUGGGACCUUGGGAAUUGUCGCAACAUGGUCUCUCACUGGGCCAUUAAUGGAAAAAUUUGGCUGGGCAUCUGCCUUUUACGUCCCUGCCGCUCUGAGUUUCAUAUGGUGCGGUUUCUGGUGGUACCUAGUCGCAGACACCCCAAAGGAACACCCCAGAAUAUCCAACGAUGA